AUGAACCUCGUCAAGCCCCCGGAACCGCUGCAACUGUCCGGCAACAUCAGGAAAAACUGGCUGGUAUUCAAGCAGAAGCUGCAGCUGUUCAUCACCGCUACGGAACCGGAGAAGCCCCGCCCAUCGGCCGGAAAAGCAGCGAUUCUUCUGAGCACCGCGGGGGACGAGGCGCUCGAGGUCUACAACAACUUCUCGUUUGCGGCAGGUGAGAGCAAAGAAGAUUAUGACACGUUAGUGCUGAAAUUUGAAGAAUAUUGUGUCGACCAGGGUAAUGAAGUCUACGAAAGGCACAUUUUUCGACUGCGAAAGCAGGAAGAGGCCGAGCCCUUUGAGCGGUUCCUACGGGACUUAAAAAAGCAAGCAAAGCUGUGCAACUUCGGUACGCUUGAAGAGUCCAUGAUCAGGGAUCAAGUGGUGUUUGGGACAAAUAAUGCGAAACUUCGAGAAAAGUUGCUGAGCGACAAAGACUUAAACUUGCAGAAAGCAGAAGAAAUUUGCAAAGCUGCUGAGAUUGCUGCCAUUCAGAGCGCAGCAUGGUCAUAUGAAAGCCUGCACGUUGACGUUACACGCCGCACACACCACACGAAGUUUGCGAAUGGAACUCGGUGUCGAAAUUGUAACAGGGUACAUGCCCCCGAGCAGUGCCCGGCGUAUGGAAAAACUUGUUAUGUAUGCAAGAAACGAAAUCACUUCGCCGCAUGCUGCAACAAUGCGCGCAGGGUAAGCGAGGUUCACAAAGCCGAAGAAAGCGAUGAAAAUUUUGACAUCUUGGGCAUCAGCAUUUGUGGCGUCACCGGAGAUAUAGGAGCGGAUUGGAUGGUUCACGGAAAAAUAGCCGGUCAGGAAAUACAAUUCAAGGUAGAUACCGGGUCUCAGGCAAAUUUGCUGCCCCUAACCCUGUUCAACCGAAUCGCCCAUGCAAGCACUCCGCGAAAGAGUGCCGCUGUCCUCUCCGCCUACAACUGCAGUACAAUUAAACACGUUGGCGUGGCGACCGAAGAUCUCGAGAUAAACGAAGCACAGCAUUCAGUCUCGUUCUUUAUCGUGAAAAAGGGGCGCCAAGCCAUCCUUGGCUUAAAGACAUGCCAGCAGUUUGGUCUGGUACCGGUGACGGUGGACGCCGUGAAGGUAGGCGAUGGGCAAACGAAAUUCCAGCUUGCAUUUCCUGACCUCUUCAGCGGCACCGGCUGCGUCAGGCGACCCUACAAAAUGGUGCUACGAGAGGAUGCCGUUCCAGUCGUGCAGCCUGCCCGCAGAGUACCCAUAGCGUUGAAAGGAUGCCUGCGACAAGAACUGCAACGAAUGGAAAAGGCCUCAAUCAUCGUCAAGGUGGAUGAACCAACUGAAUGGGUGAGCCUCCUGGUAGUUGUGCACAAGAAGGAUGGUACCCUUCGCAUUCGCAUGGACCCUAGAGCAGUGAACAGGAGCAUUAAGCGGGAGCACUAUCCUAUCCCUUCAAGAGAGGACAUAGAGAGCGAGCUGGCAGGAGCACAAUAUUUCUCCCGGCUCGACGCUAAUGCCGGCUUUCAUCAGAUUCCUUUAGAUGAGGCCACUUCACGAAUAUGCACUUUUGCGACACCAUUUGGGCGGUACCGUUUUUUGCGUCUGCCUUUUGGAAUUUCCUCAGCCAGCGAGGUGUUCCAGAAAACUCUAACAGAGAUGCUCGAAGGGCUGCCGGGAGUGCGCGUCUACGUAGACGACGUUUUAAUAUGGGGCGACUCAAAGGAAGAACACGACGAACGCGUCAUCGCAUUUGUACCUGGUAGGGACCUGUUACUCGCCGACCUGCUGUCUCGGGCUGCACUACCAACUGGCGGAGGCGACCAAGUCGAGGACGUGGACGUCCACACAACGCAAGUAGUCACCAGCAUCAUAAGCAAAGCGACUAUGUUGCGGCUGCAGAAGGAAACCCUCGAAGAUCCGCUUCUCAGCCGCACCAUGAAACAAAUGGAAGAUGGCAUAGCAAUAGACGGUGUACUGAAACCGUAUGCGGAAGAGCUAUCCGUGGUCAAUGGAGUGGUGCUAAAGGGUUGCAAAGUUGUGGUGCCUAAAUCAAUGCGUGCGGAAAUUCUUGAGCGAAUUACGAAGGCCACUUAG